AUGUGGAAAUACAGUAUGUUAUUGAAACCGUGUGUCUUUUACUGUAUGCACAAGCAGCAGUUGACCUUCCAGUAGCUAGUGUGGUUUGAGUGUGGAUUACCUCUCAGAUGGCUGCUUUGUGUGUGUUCUGUCAGAUGAAUCCAGUCCUCCACGGGAUAAGGCUGCCUGGAGGAGGGGUAUCCCCGGCAUCAUGAGGAAACCCUUUGAGAAGAAGACCACUGCUGGGGUCACCUUUGGGGUGCGCCUCGAUGACUGCCCACCUGCACAAACCAACAGGGUAAGAGAGAGAGUGUGUAUGUGUGUGUUUACAUGUGAGAAAGACAUGGAAAUGAUGUUGUUGAAUGAAUUGAGUAUAUGUUUUGUUUCCCUGUGAUAGUUGAGUAGUGUGAUCUUGAAGGGAAACUUCCUCUAGACACUAGUCUCCCUACAUAGGGGGUGUUUCAGACAUAAUUAUGCACCAUAGUGCAAUUGUGUUAUUUUCGCGUUGAGAGAGUUCAACCAAUGACAUCAUUGGUGGAUUGAGCCUGCUUUCUGAUCUAAAAAUGAAUGGAGUCAUGUUUUGUAGCAAUUAUUGUGGCCUUUGUGUUUCUCUGAUUGCACGGUCACGCUAGCAGCGAGGAGAUAUGGUUGUCCUUGUUCAAUAGAGCCAUUGGACUUGUCUCAACGAUGUUCCUAUCUGCCACGACAUAGCAGGAUAUCUAGGUUGACUCAUUUUCCCUGGCUUUGUAAAGACAACAGCCUGACGGGAGCCCUACUUCCUCAUCCAAUUGUGUUCCCACCCUCGAAGGCAGGCUUUUCAAAACGGGGGCAAUACUCGUUUCUACAGGUUCACAGGAGCUAUGUUACUGUGCACUGUCUAUCCGAGAUUGCUAAAUAAUUACAAUGGCUGCAUCUGAUGAUUCCUCUUUCCAAGAAGAGCUGGACAACGAAACCGUUUUUGAUGUUAUUUUACAUAGGGACAUACAGCCCUAUUCAUUUGAGCCGGAAUAGGAGUUGAGACAGCGACAAUAAGAAUUGCGAGACCAGCAAGCAGCGAUGGGGAGCCACUGUCAGACUCCGACUGGUGGUGCCUAAGCGGUUGCUGUCCAGCCAUGCCGACAGAAGAAUGUCUGUGCUGCAACGAAUUCGAUCGCGGGCGGUUCUUACUGGAGAGAGUCACUGCAGACCCCUUGGGUCGUGUGUGUGUGUGACAGACCAUCUAAGCUUUGACGCACAUAUGGAUAGAGGGGUGCUGGAGAUGUUCUUCAGAACCUCCAAGAUCAACUGGGGUUGGCAGCCUUGUCCAGCUGGACCAGGAGAGCAAAUGCCAAACAAGUAAGUGGUUUUGCUGUUGGUAGCUAGCUAGCAAUAUAAGCUCUCAUUUUACAUGAGGCAGUGUUGUUCAGUACAGUAUAACUUCGUGAUCGUAAAGGGGCUUGCUAGUACCACUACUAUCCAAGCUAACCAUGUUGAGUGAGCUAGCUUUGUUUACUAUACCAAAAAAGUACUGUAGCCUAACGUUGUAGCUAGCUAAUGUUAGCUAGCCUAGCUAGCCUCAGUGAAUCUCAUUUGGAACUAAACUGGAUAAAUGUUUUGAUAACGAAGAGUAAAGAAAUGACUUUGGCUUUAUGACUCAUAUUAGACUUUGAGUAACUAUACCUGUGUGUUGUAGGUAGCUAGCUAGCUAUCAUGUGUCUGUGAGAUAUGUAAUAUUCUGCAUCUUGCUGCAACAGUAGGAAUACAAAGAGUACACAAAGAUUGCCCAUGAAAGUCUAAUAGCGUUUUUGGCAUUCUCUUACAGACAAUACAGCUUGGUGGCCUACAGAUUGUUUUGGGAGUUUGUUCUACAUGGGGAGAAGCUAGGUAGAGGACACUGAAUCCCCUUGCCUGCAUGUGUUGUUUGGGCCAUUAAGCAAUUUAUCCCUCACACAAUGGACAGUAUGUUGGCUACAAAGAAGUGGUUGACUCAAAGAGGAGAUGUGAAGGGUCCCAUAACAACAGUCUCCCCUUGUAUCAAAGUGACUACGAACACCUCACUGCACCCCCCAAACAGCACAUAUGCAAGUAUUCCCAUUGUGGAACUGUAGUAUUUAUUAUAGGUGUUAGUAUAUUUUUAUUCUACUGUAUAUACGUCAUACAUUGCCAUAACUGUUCCUGCAUACUACUGUGUCACCUUGAUCUCCAGAGCAAAUAACCUUUGUCUUGAAUACAAGCCAUUUCUACUUAAUUGCUACAUUGUCAGAUUAAUCUACUAUUUUAUUGAAAUAUGUUUACUUGCCAACAAAUAAAAGUUGAAAUGAUACACCAACUCCCUGCGUAUUUCUUUAGCAGCAAGAUUGUAGCUAGUUACUUCCAAAUACAUUUAAUGUAUAUCACAAUGAAUUGUGUCAUCACUUUAUUGGUUUCUGAUGCAGCUGGAGUCAUUUAACUGUACACUUGAAAAAAAGACAGCUUGAUGUUGAUGCUGCUGCAGAUGUUGAUGGGAUCAGACACUGUAAAUAGAACACAUAGGCCAGUCACGUUAGCCUCUGCGGUAGUUAGUUAGCUAACGGUUAGAUAUGGUCCAGUAGGCUGUAGCUAACGUAACUAAGUGGUCAGAUGACGCAGAUGCUAAGCUACAGGACUGUUUUGCUAGCACAGACUGGAACAUGUUCUGGGAUUCUUCAGAUAGCAUUGAGGAGUACACCACAUCAGUCACUGGCUUCAUCAAUAAGUGCAUCGAUGACGUUGUCCCCACAGUGACCGUACGUACCCCCACCAGAAGCCAUGGAUUAGAGGCAACAUCCGCACUGAGCUAAAGGGUAGAGCUGCCGCUUUCAAGGAGCUGGACUCUAACCUGAACGCUUAUAAGAAAUCCCGCUAUGCCCUCCGACGAACCAUCAAACAGGCAAAAAGUCAAUACAGGACUAAGAUUGAAUCGUACUACACCGGCUCUGACGCUCGUCGGAUGUGACAGGGCUUGAAAACUAUUACAGACUACAAAGGGAAGCACAGCCGCGAGCUGCCCAGUGACACAAGCCUACCAGAUGAGCUAAACCACUUCUAUACUCGUUUCGAUGCAAGCAACACUGAAGCAUGCAUGAGAGCACCAGCUGUUCCGGAUGACUAUGUGAUCACGCUCUCUGUAGCCGAUGUGAGUAAGACUUUUAAGCAGGUCAACAUUCACAAGGCCGUAGGGCCAGACGGAUUACCAGGACGUGUACUCCGAGCAUGUGCUGACCAACUGGCAAGUGUCUUCACUGACAUUUUCAACAUGUCUGACUGAGUCUGUAAUACCAACAUGUUUCAAGCAGACCACCAUAGUCCCUGUGCCCAAGGACACUAAGAUAACCUGCCUAAAUGACUACCGACCCGUAGCACUGACGUCUGUAGCCAUGAAGUGCUUUGAAAGGCUGGUCAUGGCUCACAUCAACACCAUUAUCCCAGAAACCCUAGACCCACUCCAAUUUGCAUACCGCCCCAACAGAUCCACAAAUGAUGCAAUCUCUAUUGCACUCUACACUGCCCUUUCCCACCUGGACAAGAGGAACACCUACGUGAGAAUGCUAUUCAUUGACUACAGCUCAGCGUUCAACACCAUAGUGCCCUCAAAGCUCAUCACUAAGCUAAGGAUCCUGGGACUAAACACCUCCCUCUGCAACUGGAUCCUGGACUUCCUGACGGGCCGCCCCCAAGUGGUAAGGGAAGGUAACAAUACAUCUGCCACACUGAUCCUCAACACAUGCUCAGUCCCCUCCUGUACUCCCUGUUCACCCAUGACUGCAUGGCCAGGCACGACUCCAACACCAUCAUUAAGUUUGCCGACGACACAACAGUGGUAGGCCUGAUCACCGACAACGAUGAGACAGCCUAUAGGGAGGAGGUCAGAGACCUGGCCGUGUGGUGCCAGGAUAACAACCUCUCCCUUAACGUGACCAAGACAAAGGAGAUGAUUGUGGACUACAGAAAAAAAAGAGGAAUGAGCACGCCCCCAUUCUCAUCGACAGGGCUGUAGUGGAACAGGUUGAGAGCUUCAAGUUCCUUGGUGUCCACAUCACCAACGAACUAUCAUGGUCCAAACACACCAAGACAGUCGUGAAGAGGGCACGACAAAGCCUAUUCCCCCUCAGGAGACUGAAAAGAUUUGGCAUGGGUCCUCAGAUCCUCAAAUAAGCUCUACAGCUGCACCAUCGAGAGCAUCCUGACUUGUUGCAUCACUCCUGGUAUGGCAACUGCUCGGCCUCCGACCGCAAGGCACUACAGAGGGUAGUGCGUACGGCCCAGUACAUCACUGGGGCCAAGCUUCCUGCCAUCCAGGACCUCUAUACCAGGCGGUGUCAGAGGAAGGCCCUCAAAAUUGUCAGACUCCAGCCACCCUAGUCAUAGACUGUUCUCUCUGCUACCGCACGGCAAGCGGUACCAGAGCGCCAAGUCUAGGUCCAAAAGGCUUCUCAACAGCUUCUACCCCCAAGCCAUAAGACUCCUGAACAGCUAAUCAUGGCUACCCGGACUAUUUGCACUGCCCCCCCACCCCCACCCCAUCUUUUUACGCUGCUGCUACUCUGUUAAUUAUUUAUGCAUAGUCACAUUAACUCUACCCACAUGUACAUAUUACCUCAACUACCUCAGCUAGCCGGUGCCCCCGCACAUUGACUCUGCACCGGUACCCCCCUGUAGCCUCCCUACUGUUAUUUUAUUUUACUUCUGCUCUUUUUUUUCUCAAUAGUUUUGUUGUUUUAUUUUACUUUUUUAUUACCAAAUACAUGCAUUGUUGGUUAAGGGCUGUAAGUAAGCAUUUCACGGUAAUGUCUACACCUGUUGUAUUCGGCGCAUGUGGCAAAUAAAAUUUGAUUUGAUUUGCAAAGUUACACAGCUGGUUAAUUACAUUGAUUUGCUUUGAAUGUCUAGCCAGCGUAUUAUGAAAUCUAGCUAGCUAGAUUUUGGUUCAGAUAAACAAAUGUAGUUCGCUAGCUAAAUUGGCUACGUUACCUCUGCUCGACUUCUAAGGUAACCGAUGAAAUGUUACCCCAGCAGCCUGUGCUUGCUUGUAGUUUGCACAUCCAGAUACUGAGCACCACACCAUGACUAAACUUUACAGCUGUUGUCGAAAUAAAAAUAAAUGGCUAUUCGCAAGCUGAUGUUCUAUGAACAAGUGGCUGGUCCUGUGAGUAACGUUAGCUACGCUACCUGUAUCUCCUAAAUACCUGUAUCUCCAUCUCCCAUUCGCAACUGGAUCCACCUUGACAGGGGCAGUACUACGUCCUGAAAUCACUUUGAAUUAUGGAUAUUGUGGUUUGCUUGAACCAGGAAAUGUAGAUGUCCAAUUUCUACCGGUGAGAUGCAUAAACACUCGUAUUUGCGUGUAGUGAGGAAAUUCCCGAUUUGUAAGACUCAUUAUAUGUUAAUAACAUAUUAAUGGACACAUAAACACACAGACUGGGGUGUAACACUGCCUAGUGUGAUGACAACACAGCGUCUUGCAUAUCUGUACAAUACAAUAACCCCUACAUCUUCAUUCCUUUGUUUUCUUAUGUAAUUUAUUUGAGGUGUAAGUAUUGAUCUGUAAUGAUGUACUAUACUCUGGCAUUGCAUUGACAAACUGAAAUACUGUCAUGUUUCUCUGAGCUAAUAAAAUGCUUUUAAAGGAUAUCUGGAUUAGACUGGAAUGGACUGGUUUGGUCUUGUUGAUGUGACACUGUGUAGUGGGGAUGAGAGGAGAGGGAUGGUUGGAUACGGGAGGAGGAGAGGAUAGGAAGAGAGAGAGGUGAUCGUUGGGAAAGAGAGGUGGUUCAUGUGCCAUCCUGCCCUUUAGGGUGGCAUGUCAGAAGCCUUGUGUGUGUGUGUAGUCCCGUGUAGCUCAGUUGGUAUAGCAUGGCGCUUGCAACGCCAGGGUUGUGGGUUCGUUUCCCACGGGGGACCAGUAUAAAUAAAUAAAAUAAUUAUGCACUCACUAACUGUAAGUCACUCUGGAUAAGAGCGUCUGCUAAAUGACUAAAAUGUAAAUGUAAUGGACAGACAUAUACAGUGAAAGAGCAGCAGUUAAAUUUCCCUUUUAAUGUGUGAGGUAUAAAUUCUACUUUGUGUAUAUGAAAGUGGUGUCUGUUUAUUUGUUUCUUGGUUCAUCCAAUAUGUAUAAUGCUAAAUACUUUAUGUUUGUGUUGUGUAGUUUGUUCCCCUCAUUGUGGAUGUGUGCUGUAAGCUGGUAGAGGAAAGAGGGCUGGAGUACACUGGGAUCUACAGAGUACCAGGAAACAAUGCUGCCAUCUCCAGCAUGCAGGAGGAGCUGGACAAUAAAGGACUGAUGAGUGACAUCGACAUCCAAGAAGAAGUGAGUGACACAUGUAUACAGUGCCUUCAGAAAGUUGUUCAUACCCCUUAACUUAGUCCACAUUUUGUUGUUAGAGCCUGAAUUCCAAAUGGAUUUAAAGAAUAAUAAUUCUCACCCAUCUACACACAAUACCCCAUAAUGACAGUGAAAACAUGUUUUUAGAAAUUUUAGCAAAUGUAUUGAAAAUGAAAUACAGAAAUAUCUAAUUUACACAAGUAUUCAUACCCCAGAGUCAGUACUUUGUAGAAGCACCUUUGGCAGCGAUUACAGCUGUGAGUCUUUCUGGGUAAGUCUCUAAGCGCUUUCCACACCUGGAUUGUGCAACAUUUGACCAUUUAUUUGUUUCAAAUUUCUUCAAGCUCUGUCAAAUUGGUUGUUGAUCAUUGCUAGACAACCAUUUUCAGGUCUUGCCAUACAUUUUCAAGUGGAUUUAAGUCAAAACUGUAACUCAGCCACUCAGGAACAUUCACUUGGUAAAUAACUCCAGUGUAGAUUUGGACUUGUGUUUUAGGUUAUUGUCCUGCUGAAAAGUGAAUUCAUCCCCCAGUGUCUGGUGGAAAGCAGACUGAACCAGGUUAUCCUAUAGGAUUUUGCUUGUGUUUAUUUUUUAUCCUGAAAAACUCCCCAGUCCUUAAUGAUUACAAGCAUACUCAUUACAUGAUGCAGCCACUUCCUAUGUUUGGAAAUAUGGAGUGGAACUCAGUAAUGUGUUGUAUUGGAUUUGCCCCAAACAUAACACUUUGUGUAGAGCAGGGGUGUCAAAGUCAAAUGGACGGAGGGCCAAAUAAAAAAUUUAGCUACAAGCCGAGGGCCGGACUGUUCGAAUGUUCAUUGAAAAAUGUUUAAAUGACGCAUAUAGUCUAGUGAACCUAAUUGAACCUACUGAAAACCUAACAAAUAUAUUCCAAUAUGAUCAGAUAAAUAAAGCAAUAUUUUCUUAUGGCUCUGUCAGUAAUCUUUAAUUUUCAACAGACACAAAAGACAAAUUUCCUUUAUAUAAAAAUCCCCAUAACUACUAUCUACUAUCUCGGCAAUGGUGUUUCUGCUCAGACUCACAUUUAAAAAGAGUUGCCUUUUUUCUGGGCAAACUUCGUCACAAACUUUAAUCAUGCAGUUUUUGAUGAAAUCCCCCUCCGUAAAUGGCCGGGCUGAUUUAGCGAUCUCUUCUGCCAAAAUAAAACUGGCCUUGACAGCAGCCUGGCCUUGUGAUUUGGCUUUUUUGAACAGAGCCUGUCGAGAUUUGAGGCCUCGUUUUAAUUCCUCUGCCUUUUGUAGCCUUUGUUCCAUGUCCAUAUUCUUGUUUUUGUCCGCGUGUUUCGUUUCAUAAUGUCGUCUCAGAUUAUACUCUUUCAGUACCGCCACACUUUCUCCACACAGAAGACACACAGGUUUUCCAGCUACCUCCGUGAACAUAUACUCCGACUCCCACCUUGUUUGAAACCCCCGGUUCUCAGUGUCCACCUUCCGUUUUGCCAUUUUUGAUGGGUAUCUGAAAGUUAAUUUUACUGUGAUGCUGACGACUGCUGUGCCAAUAAAUAUUGAAAUGAAGCAGCCUACUGCUCGGUGCGUCACCGUUGCAUUGUGGGAAAUGUAGUAUUGGUGCGUGUAAAAGAUCUGCGGGCUGCCGGCUUGCUGCGGUCUGCGGGCCGGUUCUAAUAAUAAAUCAAGAUCAUCCCAGGGGCCGUAAAAAACCUUCUCGCGGGCCGGAUGUGGCCCGCGGGCCUUGACUCUGACAUAUGUGGUGUAGAGAGUUUUCAUCUAUUUUUCGUUGGUCUCUAUUUACCACAACAAACCGAUGCUGGCACUAAGACCGCACUCAACGAGCUGUAUAGGGCAAUAAGCAAACAAGAAAAUGCUCAUCCAGAGGCGGCGCUCCUAGUGGCCGGUGAUUUUAAUGCAUGAAAACUGAAAUCUGUUGUACCUAAUUUCUACCAGCAUGUCACCUGUGCAACUAGAUGGAGAAAAAAACCUUUUGAUUACCUUUACUCCACACACAGAGACGCAUACAAAGCUCUCCCUCGCCCUCCAUUUGGCAAAUCGGACCAUAACUCUAUCCUCCUGAUUUCUGCUUACAAGCAAAAACUCAAACAGGAAGCGGAUGCUAAGCUACAGGACUAUUUUACUAGCACAGACUGGAAUAUGUUCUGGGAUUCGUCCGAUGGCAUUGAGGAGUUUACCACAUCAGUCACCAUCUUCAUUAAUAAGUCCAUCAACGAUGUUGUCCCCAUAGUGACUAUACGUACAUAUCCCAACCAGAAGCCAUGGAAUACAGGCAGCAACCGUACUGAGCUAAAGGCUAGAGCUGCCGCUUUCAAAGAGCGGGACACUAAUCCGGACCCUUCCCGCUACGCCCUCCGAUGAACCAUCAAACAGUCAAAGUGUCAAUACAGGACUAAGAUCGAAUCCUACUACACCGGCUCUUGAAGCUUGUCGGAUGUGGCAGGGAUUGCAAACUAUCACAGAUAUGAAAGGGAAGCACAGCCGAGAGCUGCCCAGUGACGCGAGCCUACCAGAUGAGCUAAAUGCCUUCUAUGCUCGCUUUGAGGCAAGCAACACUGAACCAUGCGUGAGUGCACCAGCUGUUCCGGACAUCUGCAUGAUCACACUCUCCGUAGUCUGUGAGUAAGACAGGGUAUCAUUCACAAGGCUGCAGGGCCAGACGGAUUACCAGGACGCGUACCCCCGAGCAUGCGCUUACCAGCUGGCAAGUGUCUUCACUGACAUUUUCAACCUCUGACUUAGUCUUUAAUACCUACAUGUUUCAAGCAAACCACCAUAGUCCCUGUGCCUAGGAACGCUAAGGAAACCUGUUUAAAUGACUUCCACCCUGUAGCACUCACAUCUGUAGCCAUGAAAUGCUUUGAAAGGCAGUUCAUGGCUUACAUCAACACCAUCAUCCCAGAAACCCUGGACCCACUCCAAUACGCAUACCGCCUCAACAGAUCCACAGAUGAUGCGAUCCCACCUGGACAAAGGGAACACCUACGUGAGAAUGCUGUUCAUUGACUACAGCUUAGCGUUCAACACCAUACUGCCCUUCAAGCUCAUCACUAAGCUAAGGACCCUGGUACUGAACACCUCCCUCUGCAACCGGAUCCUGGACUUCCUGACGGGCAGUCCCCAGGUGGUGAGGGUAGGCAACAACACAUCUGCCACGCUGACCCUCAACACAGGGGCCCCUUGGGUGCGUGCUCAGUCCCCUCCUGUACUCCCUGUUUACUUACGACUGCGUGACCGCGCACAAAUCCAACACCAUCAUUAAGUUUGGCGACGACACGCCGGUGGAAGGCCUGAUCACUGACGAUGAUGAGGCGGCUUAUAGGGAGGAGGUAAGAGACCUGGCAGUGCGAUGCCAGGACAAAAACCUCUCCCUCAACAGGGGCAAGACAAAGGAACUUAUCAUGGACUACAAGAAAUGGAGGGCCGAACACGGCCCCAUUCACAUCGACGGGGCUGUAGUGGAGCGGGUUGAAAUCUUCAAGUUCCUCGGUGCCACAUCACUAAGGACCUAUCAUGGUCCAAACACACAAACAGUCGUGAAGAGGGCAUAACAAUGCCUCUUCCCCCUCAGGAGGCUAAAAAGAUUUGGCAUGGGCCCUCAGAUCCUCAAAAAGUUAUAUAGCUGCACCAUUGAGAGCAUCUUGACUGGCUGCAUCACCGCUUGGUAUGCAACUGCUCGGCAUCCGACAACAAGGUGCUACAGAGGGUAGUGCAUACGGCCCAGUAUAACACUGGUGCCAAACUCCCUGCCAUCCAGGACGUCUAUUCCAGGCGUUGUCAGAGAAAGGCCCUAAAAAUUGUCAAGGACUCUAGCCACCUAGUACAGACUGUUCUCUCUGCUACCGCACCUGAACAGUUAAUCAAAUGGCAGUUUACAUUGACCCCCUAUAUUAUUUAUUUAUGUAUUUAUCUUAAUUGCUUUGCACUGACUUCCUUGCAUUGGCUCUAUGCACACUCACUGGACUCAACCCACACACUCACACAUACUACACUGACACUCUAACACACACAUAUACAUACACAAAUAAUACAUACGCUCACACACACAAAACACACACAUGCAUAUUGACGCACCACACACACAUACUCACACACUGACACUUUCACACUUCACAUACGCUGCUGCUACUCUGUUUAUUAUACUGAAUAUCCUGAUUGCUUAGUCACUUUCACCCGUACCCAUAUGUACAUAUACUGUGUUACCUCAACUACUUUGUACCGCUGCACAUUGACACGGUACUGGUACUCCUUGUAUAUAGCCUCGUUAUUGUUUUUGCUGCCAUUUCCUUUUUUCUGUAAAUUCUACACCUGUUGUAUUCGGCGCAUGUGACUGAAUUUGAUUUGAGUUUCUAUUCAGGACUAAAAGUUCAUUGCUUUGCCACAUUUUUUGCAGUAUUACUUUAGUGCCUUGUUGCAAACAGGAUGCGUGUUUUGGAAUAUUUAUUAUUCUGUACAGGCCUCGUUUUCCUUCUGUCAUUUACAUUAGUAUUGUGGAGUAACUACAAUGUUGUUGAUCCAUCCUCAGUUUUCUCCUAUCACAGCCAUUAAACUCUGUAUCUGUUUUAAAAUCACCAUUGGCCUCAUGGUGAAAUCCCUGAGCGGUUUCCUUCCUCUCAGUCAACUGAGUUAGAAACGGCCCCUGUAUCUUUGUAGUGAAUGGCUGUAUUGCUACACCAUCCAAAGUGUAAUAAAUAACUGCACCAUGCUCAAAGGGAUAUUAAAUGUCUGCUUUUCAAUUUUUAAUUUUUAAUCUUCAAUAGGAGCCCUUCUUUGCGAGGCAUUGGAAAUUCUCCCUGGUCUUUGUGGUUGAAUCUAUCUUUGAAAUUCCCUGCUUGACUGAGGGACCUUACAGAUAAUUGUAUGUGUGGGGUACAGAGAUGAGGUAGUCAUUAAAAAAUCAUGUUAAACACUAUUAUUGCGCAGACUUAAUACGCACAUUUUUACUCCUGAACUUAAUUAGGCUUGCCAUAACAAAGGGGUUGAAAACUUAUUGACUCAAGACAUUUCAACUUUUCAUUUUGAAUUAAUUUGUAAAAAUUUCAAAAAACAUAAUUCCACUUUUUAUUUUCAAAAUGAAUUUUCAAAAAACAUAAAAACACUAUUUAAUCCAUUUUAAAUUCAGGCUGUAACACAACAAAAUGUGGAAAAACUCGAUGGGUGUGAAUACUUUCUGAAAGCACUGUAUCUCUCCCAUACCUCACAAUAAUGUAUUUAAUGCUUUUUCUCUCUUGCUCUCCCUGACAGAAAUGGAGGGACCUCAACGUGAUCAGUAGUUUACUGAAAUCCUUCUUCCGUAAACUUCCCGAGCCCCUUUUCACAAAUGGUGAGUCACUGAACACACAGUGUAAAUGCAUGUCUGUAAAGAAGAGAAAGUUGGUUAAGGAAGUUGUUAAUAAAUCAAUGUAUUUAUUUGUAGUAUGCCUUAUUGCUCCAUUUUCAGUCUUGGUCACUAAAGAAACUAAGUGAUCCUUGUAUUCCUUUUACAGAAAAAUAUGCAGAUUUUAUUGAAGCCAAUCGAACUGAAGACUCAGUGGAGAGGUUAAAAGAACUGAAGAGGCUGGUAAGUUACAGCUCAUGCUAUGAGGGUUUAUGUUAGAUCUGUAGGAAUAAGAGCUUUAUGUAGCCUACCGUUUGAAUUGAAUUUGGAUUUUUGGAAUUGUUGCAUUCUAGUAUUGAAGGUUGGUUCUCUUCUCUUCACAGAUUCUUGAAUUGCCUGAUCAUCACUAUGAAACCCUCAAAUUUCUCUCUGGACACCUCAAGUUGGUCUCCGAAAACUGUGAAAAAAAUAAGGUAUGUCAGCUUGAGGGUUUAAAAGUAUUUUGAAAUGGAGCCUUUUAAUGGAGAGGCCUAGUGAAUAUGGACUGGACUGGAAGCCAUUCUUGCUCCUCUCUCCCCCCAGAUGGAGCCUCGUAACCUGGCCAUCGUGUUUGGUCCAACCCUGGUCAGAACCUCGGAGGACAACAUGACCAACAUGGUCAACCACAUGCCAGACCAGUGCAAGAUAGUGGAGAACCUCAUUCAGCAGUACGACUGGUUCUUCACUGAGGAGGGGGAUGAUGACCCUGUUGUACGUAGCAUCUCGCUCACUCUCUCACAUCUAAACACACUCAUGUACUCUCAGCUGGUAAUGGCACAGAAUGUUAAAUUGUGUGAUGUACAGUGGGGAAAAAAAGUAUUUAGUCAGCCACCAAUUGUGCAAGUUCUCCCACUUAAAAAGAUGAGAGAGGCCUGUAAUUUUCAUCAUGGGUACACGUCAACUAUGACAGACAAAAUGAGAAAAAUAAAUCCAGAAAAUCACAUUGUAGGAUUUUUAAUGAAUUUAUUUGCAAAUUAUGGUGGAAAAUAAGUAUUUGGUCUAUAACAAAAGUUUCUCAAUACUUUGUUAUAUACCCUUUGUUGGCAAUGGCACAGGUCAAACGUUUUCUGUAAGUCUUCACAAGGUUUUCACACACUGUUGCUGGUAUUUUGGCCCAUUCCUCCAUGCAGAUCUCCUCUAGAGCAGUGAUGUUUUGGGGCUGUCGCUGGGCAACACGGACUUUCAACUCCCUCCAAAGAUUUUCUAUGGGGUUGAGAUCUGGAGACUGGCUAGGCCACUCCAGGACCUUGAAAUGCUUCUUACGAAGCCACUCCUUCGUUGCCCGGGCGGUGUGUUUGGGAUCAUUGUCAUGCUGAAAGACCCAGCCACGUUUCAUCUUCAAUGCCCUUGCUGAUGGAAGGAGGUUUUCACUCAAAAUCUCACAAUACAUGGCCCCAUUCAUUCUUUCCUUUACACGGAUCAGUCGUCCUGGUCCCUUUGCAGAAAAACAGCCCCAAAGCAUGAUGUUUCCACCCCCAUGCUUCACAGUAGGUAUGGUGUUCUUUGGAUGCAACUCAGCAUUCUUUGUCCUACAAACACGACGAGUUGAGUUUUUACCAAAAAGUUAUAUUUUGGUUUCAUCUGACCAUAUGACAUUCUCCCAAUCCUCUUCUGGAUCAUCCAAAUGCACUCUAGCAAACUUCAGACAGGCCUGGACAUGCACUGGCUUAAGCAGGGGGACACGUCUGGCACUGCAGGAUUUGAGUCCCUGGCGGCGUAGUGUGUUACUGAUGGUAGGCUUUGUUACUUUGGUCCCAGCUCUCUGCAGGUCAUUCACUAGGUCCCCCCGUGUGGUUCUGGGAUUUUUGUUCACCGUUCUUGUGAUCAUUUUGACCCCACGGGGUGAGAUCUUGCGUGGAGCCCCAGAUCGAGGGAGAUUAUCAGUGGUCUUGUAUGUCUUCCAUUUCCUAAUAAUUGCUCCCACAGUUGAUUUCUUCAAACCAAGCUGCUUACCUAUUGCAGAUUCAGUAUUCCCAGCCUGGUGCAGGUCUACAAUUUUGUUUCUGAUGUCCUUUGACAGCUCUUUGGUCUUGGCCAUAGUGGAGUUUGGAGUGUGACUGUUUGAGGUUGUGGACAGGUGUCUUUUAUACUGAUAACAAGUUCAAAAAGGUGCCAUUAAUACAGGUAACGAGUGGAGGACAGAGGAGCCUCUUAAAGAAGAAGUUACAGGUCUGUGAGAGCCAGAAAUCUUGCUUGUUUGUAGGUGACCAAAUACUUAUUUUCCACCAUAAUUUGCAAACAAAUUCAUUAAAAAUCCUACAAUGUGAUUUUCUGGAUUUUUUUCUCUCAAUUUGUCUGUCAUAGUUGAUGUGUACCUAUGAUGAAAAAAUACAGGACUCUCUCAUUUUAAGUGGGAGAACUUGCACAAUUGGUGGCUGACUAAAUACUUUUUUUCCCCACUGUAGUUGAUGUUUGUUGAUGUUGCAGGUUGCCUAAAGUGUUUUUAGAUUCUCUCUCCAUCCCUCUUUCCUCCUCUACUUCAACACUAUCUCCAUUCAUAUCCCUCGUUGAAUCUCUCUCUCCUCUAGACCUCAGUGGAACAGGAGAGUACAGUGCAGUCUCAGCCUGUGCCCAACAUCGACCACCUGCUGUCCAACAUCGGCCGUACCACAACCACCACCUCGCCUGGGGAAGUCUCAGGUAACUCACCUGAAGCUCACUGAUAGCACUCCUGUUAGUUUGACUACAUAUACCAGAUUUACCAAAGUAUAAAACAAAGUAUACUAAUGAGCUUCAGGGAACGUGAUCCAGGAAAUGUGUGUGUAUGUUUAGAGAUGUACAUGCAUGUGUUUGUUAGUCCUAAAGUAAGAGGCUUCUUGUUUGCUUUCCAUCAGAUGAUCAAAUGCUAAAGUUAAGGAAGCCUACUGAAAAGUCUUGUGCUUUUGUAAAGGCAAGCUAUUUUAGCAAUUCUUCAAAGGAAGGAUUUUGGGUUAUCCAAUUGGAAAUUGCUAAAAAUAGUUUGCAAAUCUUGUUAAGCGUUUUGUUUUGGAUAAAGGUCUGUUUCGUUAUGUCAUUAUUAUUUUUUAUUUGUUAUAUCUCUUUCCCAGUUCCAUCUUAUGCUUUCUUAAGUUUUCUUUGCUCGCCAUUUCUCUCCCCGUGCUUUCCUCCUUAUGUUGAGAUGACGACUCCUUUUCUUUCAGUUAUUUUCUUCCCCCCCACCCUCCUCCUCCCACAUAAACCCGGCAUGUUCUUUCCCCAAAAACAACAACAACAAACAAACAAAACAACAAAGUGGAAGUGUUAACCCUUCUGACCCCUACCCUUGGUUUGUGUGUAGUGUGUUUUUUUCUUCCCUGUCCCUGUCCAGCACUCACACAUUGACCCAAUCUGACACAGGCCAAGGGGGCGGCGUCUGUCACUCGCUGAUGUCACUGGUGGACUCUGUAAUGUCAGUGGUGGACAGCUGGGACUGUAGGAAGAAGGACGAUGAGUGUUGUCCCCAGUGUAGCUGCCUAGUCUGCAGAAACCCUCAGCUCUGUUAAAUUGGGGUGAAACAUGAAGGAGAGAAAAAAAAGAAAAACGGAAAGAAAGAGAAGUCGAUGUUUUGUCAUUUCCUGUCGGUGUGCACGUUUUUCAUAUUUCCCCAAACAUCGAAAUACCUAAUAACCUGAAGGUUACAUACAGAGCAGUGCCUGCUGUACUUUCUACUGAAAGCCUUUCUGCUGUCUCUUGUUGUCUCUAAAGCUGAUCGCGAGGACAAGUAGCAUGGUACGGUCAAACUAUGGUUUCACUACCGCCCGCUCAUGUGGCAUUACUGUCAUGGCUUCUGAGGGGGGGUUGUAGUGUUGGAGUGGUGUUGGGCUGAGCUGGCUGUUGUCAAACACACUAAAAUGACAUCUAGGAGAGAUCAGCACCUCGUUAGACACACACACACACACACACACACACACACACACACACACACACACACACACACACACACACACACACACUAGGGUGAUUAGAUGGAUACCAGUGAGGUGGUAAGCAAAGUGGCUCUGAUGGCUUUUGCUCCUUCAGCCCCUUUCUGCCUUCCUGUCACGUUUGACUCUCAAUCUCACAUUUGGGAUUGACACCAUAGGGUGAAUCUCAAACAUAUUUUGUUCUUGCGUGCUUUCUCCUCGUCUCCUCAAAACGUCAGAUGGAAGCAAGGACAGCAUUGGAGGAGAAGGUCUGAGGAGAUCUCUCCUUGCCUUCCCUCUGACGUUUUGUGAACGAGGUGAGGAGAGGAAGGAAAAAAUCUAGGAAAGAGAUUCACCCCUGGUCUUAUCAAUGAACCACUGUUCUUUCAGCAUCAGAAACACCAACUACAGCCAAACACUGCCACCUAGCUACCUCCUUGUCCUUCACGGCUACAUACUUCUACCCAAAUGCACCAACCAUCCACAUCUAUCAAACACCCAUCUCCCCCAUCAAAAGCCUUGCGUUGCACACUGAUAUACACACCAGAGUUUGGGUCACUUCCACCUAAAUUCCAGUUGAUUCAGGUAAAUAACAUUUCCUAUAUGGAGAUAUUCCAUGUCCAAUUCAGCUGACAAGAAUUGAAAUGGAAUUGACCCCAACUCGGGCACACACAACUCGAAGUUAAGCGCACACACUUAAGUCGUACCCUCCACACUAUUGUGACUUGAUAGUGGUAGUAUUGAUGCGGUAGGGAAUGGUUUCUUUGAAAUUUUUUCUUUGAUAAGGUUUUUGUACGAUCCUUGUUUUGUAGUGUUUAUGGUCGUCAGUCAUAUUCAAUUGACUUAAACCAAAAUGUUCAAGAGUGCUGCAGGGAUUGUAAAAUAGAGUUCUAGACAUAUUGCACAACCUGUCCAUUCUACUAUGGCUAACUUGCAUGGGUGGAACUACUGACAUAACACUGCUCUGUCCCCUUAACUCUGGUUGUGAAUACUUCCUCUGUGAUUGAUGUCUUUCAGUUAGGAUAGAAUGCCCUGUUGCUGGUGGCUGUCUAUGUACUGUAACCGUCUGUGACUGAUGUAACCGUCUGUGACUGAUGUAACCUGUGGUCCGUGAUGUGUUGAUGUCAUCCCAUUGGGUACAUCCUGUUAUGAGCAUGAGCUGCUUCCUGUCCUAAUGCACACUGCCGGGUUUCUUCUUCCUCCUCCUCUUCCUCUCAUCCCUCCAUUACUGGCCUCCUCUUCUCUUCUUCCACUCAUGGACAGUGUCUUUCUUCAGCGUUUCCUUCCUCCAUCUCUGUGGGCUACAAAUAUCUCCACUCUGUUGAAUCUACUGCCCCCUCAUGGUGCAGGUUUCUGUCUCUUCUUCACGCUACCCUGUGAUCUGCCUACAGUCUCUGUCCUCCUCUCUCUCUCCCUCUCCCUUGAUACUUGUUGUUCAGAUUAUAUAUGUCUUAAAGAAUGUUACUAAUGCCCCUCUCCUCUCUCACAAAGAUUCAACAUGUAGUGACUCCUCCAAAUCAAAGGUAAGUGGUACCGGGGUGUCUGGCCGUCUCUUGCUUGCUAUUAGAUGUUAAUUACCUUCACUAAGAAAUAAUAUCUAAAACGCCUUGUCCUGCUCACUGUGGAAUGUUCAACCGUUUACAUUUUAGCCAUUUAGCAGAUGCUCUUAUCCAUAGUGAUUAGCAAUUGACCAUGCCGUUUCAGAGCAGACUUAGAAUAUGUUUGUGGCGAAAUUCCUCAUUUAAGAACAAUUAUGUGUUUUAAUGUAACUGGACGUCCUGUUGCUCUGUCCUAGCAGGGCUUGUGGGGGUCUGGGAAGGACCAGUGUAGCAGGGAGAUGCUGCUCUCCUCCUUCUUUGUCAGUCGCAAACGUAAGAAGCCCAAGGACAAGGCUCAGCCCAGCAGCUCUGACGACGACCUGGACGCCGUGUUGGCUAAGAAAGAGGAGCCAGAACAGAGCCACCGGGACCUCCACCCCGCCUGGUCCCCAGAGAGUCAGACAGAGGAGGAGGAGAGGGAGGCCAGCGAGAGAGGGGAACAGCCAGGGGACAGGUUCCAAACCAACGGGAAAGAGUCUCGUUCAGACAGCCUUAUGUCUCAGCCCUCUCCCAAACACACCCCCAGCCUCCGUACCUCCUCUACCCGCUCCCCCUAUGCCUCACCCUCCCCCUCCCAGUCCCCCAGCCUUGGCUAUCGCAGCCAGGUGACCCACCAGUUGUCCCUGUCGGACCCCCCCUCCAACUACGAUGAGGUCUCAGACCUGGGCACCAUGAACAGCACCAGCUCCCAGGCGUCUGUCACAGGUCCCAGGGUGCGGCAUGGCAGGACAGGGGGCCUGGGGCCAGAGACGGUGGCCAGCGGCCUGGGGGCAGAGGUCAGCUCCAUCACCUCAGACUACUCCACCACCUCCUCUAUGACCUUCCUGACAGGGGCCGAGCUGAGCACGCUCAGUCCAGAGGUACGCUCGGUGGCUGAGAGCAGGGGAGGAGACGACGCUGAUGAUGAGCGUAGUGAGCUGAUUAGUGAGGGCCGGCCCAUGGAGACGGACAGCGAAAGCGACCUAUCAGUGUUUGUUGGGGGCGGGAAGGAGGCAGGGCCGGUGGAGGAGAUCUGCCAAUCAGACGUGCCGGACGCACCCAGGCCCCUCCCCUCCUACAGACUCAUUGAAUGUGACUCUCUCUCUAGAAAGAAGUCAGCAGCACGGCAGAAGAUUGACAGCGAGUCCUCAUUGGAUGGAGGGCGGAGCGACAAGGACUCCAAUAGGCUGUCUUGCGUUCUGGGGGCAGUUAAGGAGCGUUCCACUGGCAGCCUUAGCUCCUCCUCCCGCAGCGAGUCAGAGAUGGGGACUGAGCCUGCAUGGCGUCUCAAGAUCACAGACCGUCUUAAGUUCCGAAUGCGGACGUCUGCGGACGACAUGUUCGGGGUGGGCACCCAGCGGAGCCGCUCUCCAGAGGGACGCAGGGACAAGAAGAAGAACAUCAGACGCAGACACACCAUGGGAGGCCAGAGGGACUUUGCUGAGCUGUCUGUGAUGGGGGACUGGCAGGAGGGCAUGGGGAUGGGCGGGGGCUCGCGGGCGGAGCUGUCGGCCGUGGACCGGCUGAAGCCCAAGUGUUCUUCCCAGGACUUCUCCAUCCGGGAGUGGAUUGCCCGCGAGCGCCACCGCACCUCCAACCCAGAGGUCAGCCUGGACUUAACUGAACACCAGGGGGCGCUACUCCACCUCCGCAGCCCCGACCCCCAGGACCCCAACCACCCCCAGGCCCAGGAGGCCCCGUCGUCUUCCCUCUCAGACCCCCUCUCACCACACCAAGCUCCAGCUGAGCUGCUGAAUGGAGACACAGGCCCCCAGAAUAAAAGCCUGAGCCUGUCAGCCACCGCACACCCACACAAACUCUCUGGCGCCCAGGUGGUCCACUCUCGCUUCUACCAGUACCUGUGA